AUGUAUCUUCCAACUCCCCCUUCUUCACCUUGCUAUACCCCUGAGGACCGAUUAGGAUUUAUCUUAGCCAACCGGCUGGAACUCACUGGUAUCUUGGGUGUCGGUGCCUAUGGUGUGGUUUAUACUGCCGUGGAUAUUCACACCAACGUCUCCUAUGCCGUGAAGGCUCUCAACAAAACAGGGCUGGACCCAAGGCAACUCAAAUAUCAACAACGUGAGAUCCGUUUGCACCACUUGGCUAGUCAACACUCAAAUGUGGUUUCGCUCGUCCGCAUCAUGGAUUCCGUGGAUUGUACCUACGUCGUAAUGGAGUUCUGCCCCGAGGGUGAUCUAUUCACCAGCAUCACGGACAAGGGUAACUUUGUCGGCAAUGAUCUCUUGGUCAAGCGCGUGUUUCUACAACUAUUGGAUGCCGUACAGUUCUGCCAUACAUUGGGAAUCUACCAUAGGGAUCUGAAGCCAGAGAAUGUCUUGGUCACCGACCACGGAAUGACUGUCAAACUCGCCGACUUUGGCCUUGCUACUACAGAGUACUUUACCACGGACUUUGGAUGCGGCUCCACCUUCUACAUGUCUCCCGAAUGUCAGCAAACCAAUCCUCCUCCUAUGUCCUGCUACGCCUCCGCGGCAAAUGACGUCUGGAGCCUAGGUGUGAUUCUGGUUAACCUUACCUGCGGUCGCAACCCAUGGAAGCGCGCCUCAAUCGAGGAUUCCACAUUCCGGGCUUAUCUAAAGGACCCAUACUUUCUCAAGUCCAUCUUGCCCCUAUCCCCGGAGAUGGUCUGUAUCCUAAGCCGCGUCUUUGAGCGUGACCCAUCCAAGAGGAUAACCAUCCCGGAGUUGCGCCACAUGAUCGUGGAGUGUUCCCGUUUCACCGAAACACCCGCACCCGCGCCUUGGGUACAGGACCAGAGUCCGCAGGCCGACUACCUAGUCCAGCCUUUCAUUCCCGUGGAUUCCCUACACGCUCAAUCUUCAGGUUCCUCUUCAGAUUCUUCGCACUACUCAGAUUAUUCCGAGUCAGCCACAUCUGAUACCUCAGCUAUCACCGAGGACUACUCCGACAUCAACUGCAUGUCACCUGUCAUGUUUGACCAAGUACCGGACUGCAAGGUGGUUUUCCCCCAUUCCAUGGAUCUCUUUGCGGGGACCCCUCUUCCAGUCUGUUAA